CAUUCUUGCUUGGUUUACAACUGUAAAAAAAUCAAUUACAUCAAUGUAUAAUUAUGAUUUUUUUUCUGAUUAAGUGAUUCAAUUUUUACGAACAUGAUAGUUAAAGAAGCAGGUUAACUAGAGCCACAUAGUAUUCACAAAUAAAAAUGAUUCUGGAUGAAUUAAUACACUACGGUAUAUCCAUAGAAAACUUUAAGGUAUUAAUUUGACAAAUAAUCAUGCGAAACUGAGCAGUAAGUUCCAUUUAUAUAGUACAGGCAAAUUAAUAUUUAUAAGCAGAGAUGGAUGGUGGCGAGCAGUGAAAUUCAGGACGCGCAUUUCAUCCUAUUUGAGACUCGUUAGCUGGAUGUACCUGCAUCCCAGAGUUGACAUUCACUUCGGGACUCGAACCCAAUUACGUUUGCUUCAAAUGCCAUAACAUAAUCUAAACGGCGUCAAAUCCCAAUAUGUUAAUCAAUUUUCAUGUGUCUGGUCCCACACAUACAUAUGCUCUCUGAAUAUGUACCAAAAUGGCUACACAAACAAAUCACAUUAAAUUACCCAAUAAGAGCAGGUAACAAACAUUCAUCAUUUUCCAUUGUUAAACACAUAGUUGAGACUGGUCAAAAGACUGACAUUAAAUCACUUUUUUGUAGUUUCGCUCAAAAGUUGUCCAGGGUGUAUACUCAGGUUUAUUGAAGUAUCAGUCAAAACCCCUUUUAUGUAUUGAAAAACAAUUUUGAUAAUCUUCAUCUUCUUAUUACACCAUUCAAAUUUUCAUUGACAUAUAUAUUAAUUUGGUAGAUGUUCGCUCAUUCGUUGGUUAAGUUGCCUGGUAGUACGCCCGAUAUAGCUAUCUCCACGGGAGCAGCUGAAUUUGUAAAUGCACAUUGAAGAGGCCAACUCAGGUAACUUAUCCUUCGUUUAAGUAGACAUCGUUGGUCGACAAGAGAAGGUCAACGCACGAUUGGCUGCGUAGAAUGUCCUGGUGAUUACUUUAGUUAACCUAUAUUUCAGAGUAUCACUAGCCACAUCCCCGUUGAGUUGUACUUUCAUGUAUAAAGGUUUCUUACGAACAGUCGAAAUCUUCGACUUCUUUAUUAUGUCACACAUGUACUUCUUAAUGAAAGCACUGAGAUAGCCGAUCUCGGUCAGUGAGUUGUUGAUAAACUCAAGCUCCUGACUUAGAGUAUCUACUGUACAAAUCUUUUUUGCUCUGCUAGUGAAACAUACUACCAGGCAACUUAACCAACGAAUGAGUGAACAUUUACCAACUUGGUAUAUAAAGGGCCAGAUAAAAUUUAUUCGCAGUUAUAUAUAUUAAUUGUACUUAAAUUUCGUACACUUAUUAUUUCUAUUCACUUUUUCAUUUUCACUUAUAGCCAAGUACAAUUGGUGAUAUAGAACAUUAUUUCAAAUAACAAGAAAUUAAUCACCUACAAAGAAAAAAACACUGAUUUUUUUUUCAAAAAUAAAACAUAAACAUAAUUCCUAAUCAGCUAAUGAAUUACACAUUUGCCAGUAUUUUUCCAUCAUUCACAACAAGUAUAAUAGCAUUAUUAGCAACAACCGUAUCAACUGCUACACUUGGUGGUAAUAUUGUAGUAUUAAUUGCAUUUUUUGUUGAACGUUCAUUACGUAUACCAAGUAAUUAUUUUAUAGCAUCAUUAGCUAUGACUGAUGUAUUAAUUGGUUUAUUUUCUAUGAAUUUAUUUAUUACAUAUCAAUUACUUGGUUAUUGGCCAUUAGGUCAUUUAAUUUGUGAUUUAUGGUUAUCAUUAGAUUUUUCAGCAUGUCUUACAAGUCAAUAUACUGUAUUUUUAAUUACAUUAGAUCGAUUUUGUUUAGUGAAAAUACCAGCAAAAUAUCGUAAUUGGCGAACAUAUAAUAAGGUACGAAUAAUGAUUUGUAUAAGUUGGAUAUUUCCAGCAACAUUAUUCACAUUACUUAUAUUUGGUUGGUCAUAUAUAACUGGUGAAACACAACGUGAUAUAACUAAAUGUGAUGUAUCAUUUACAUAUUAUCCAAUAUUUAAUACAACAUUAACUAUAGGCUAUUUUUGGAUUACAUUAAUUAUUAUGUGUAGUUUAUAUGUUGGUAUUUAUAAAGUAGCACGUAGAUUACAAAAAAAAUCAUUAGAAAGUAAUAAACGUUUAGUACAAUUUUUAACAAAAGUUGAUCAAGAUUCAAUACAUUCACAAAGUAAUCAAAAUUCAUUAGAUGAUAAUAAUAAUAAUAAUAAUAAUAAUAAUAACGGUAAUAAUGAUCGGAAACAUUCCAAAUCAAAAGUUAUUAAAGGAAAUAUGAAACGAUAUCGUGAUCGAACAAAUAAACAUUUUUAUUAUGAACCUAAAUCAAAUUACAAUCAAUCAUUUGAUGAUGUAAUGGAUUGUAAUUUUACAUUCAAUAAAAAGUGUAAAUAUGAUCCAAUUCAACGAAAUUUAUUGACAGCGGUUGAUGAUCAUCCACAUAACUCAUUAAAAGAAUCACAUUUCAUAGAAAUUAAUUCAAAAAGUAAUUAUCCUAUAAAAAACAAUACAAAUAAAUGUCAUUUGGAAUAUGGAAGUGAAACUAGUGGUUGUUCAACAUUUCAUCCAACAAAUAAUAAUAGUACUGAAAGUAAAACUCAAUUAUCAUCAAUCAUUGAAAGAUCUCAGUUACUUUCAACUAUAGAUGUAUCAAAAAAAUAUGAAGAUAUAACAUUUAAAAUUUCUAAAAAUGAAUCUUUAUCUUCUAUAUCUGAUGAAUAUUUCUCAUUACCAUCUGUAAAUUUUUAUAUACCAUCACCAAAAGUUCCUAUAUCAUCACCAAUUCAAAGUAAUCAGUCAAUAUCUUCAAAAUAUAUAGAAUCAGAUAAUAGUUCCCCGGUAUGGAUUAAAAAAGAUGCUUGUUAUGAUUCUGGUUUAAAUUUAUAUGUAUAUGAUAUAUGUCCACAAUUAAUGAAAUGUCAAACAUUUAUUCAUGAAGGAAAUAUUUGUCAAAAUAGCAUCUGUUUAUCGGAUUCAACCUCUUGGAAUCAAUGUAUUCAAUCAUGUUGUCUGUUAGAAAAAUGUGAAUAUUCAGAUUAUACAACAUCAAGUGAUGAUCCCAGUUCAACAUUAUAUAAUCAAUCAAUAAUUAAUGAUCAUUGGUGUCUACGUUUUAUGAAUAAAUGGAAUAAAUCUAAACGUGAUCGAACUAUUAAAUCACCUUGUGUAUUCAAUCAAAUAAAACAUAAUUCAUUAUUAUGGUAUAAAUCUAAUGAUAAAUCAUAUUUAACUGAAUAUCAACCUAAUUCUAAUGUUAAUACUGAUCAAGAAAUAUGUCCAUUUUGUCAAAUAAAUAAAGAUAAUAAUAAUAAUAAGUUUAUUCAGCAAGAUAAAUCAAAACAAAAAUCUGGAUUGCAACUAAUAGUAGAACAGAUCAAAUUCAAAGUUCAAUAUUGUUGUUGUUGUAUUCUAUCAUCAAAACAUGUAAAUAUUCCUUUAAAUAAUAAUCCAAUACAAAUUCAAUCAAAUAGUACAACCAAUAAUAGUAAAACUAUACAUAGUAAUGAUAAUAGUGAUAAUGAUUGUGUAACACAAUAUAAUCAAUUAAAAAUUAAACAUAAUAAAUUAUCAAUUAAAGAUAAAUAUAAACAACAAAUUAAUUUACAAAUACAACAACAACAACAACAACAAUUACAACAUAGAAAAUCAUCAAUAACAACGAAUAAACGACAAACAACCUUUUCAAUAUUUCAAUCAUUAUCUAAUAUUGAUAUGCAAAAUCGUAAACAUGCAUGUAAAGCAUUAAAAACAAUUAGUCUUAUAUUGGGCGCAUUUAUGAUAUGUUGGACACCAUAUCAUAUAAUUGUAUUAAUUAAAGGAUUUUGUGAUGAUAUUAAUACGCAUAAUAGUUGUGUAAAUAUUCAUUUAUAUAAUCUUUCUUAUUGGUUAUGUUAUAUGAAUUCACCAAUUAAUCCAUUUUGUUAUGCAUUAUCAAAUAUUUCAUUUAGGCGCACAUUUUUUCGAAUAUUACGAUGUGAUUUCCAAAAAAGAUAA